GCAGCAGUGCCACCCCGCCUGCCCCUGCCCGCCCCGCUGCCCGCCGCAGCCCCCCCGAGCACCGCCGACCAUGGAGGCCAUCAAGAAGAAGAUGCAGAUGCUGAAGCUGGACAAGGAGAACGCCCUGGAUCGGGCGGAGCAGGCGGAGGCCGAGCAGAAGCAGGCGGAGGAGCGGAGCAAGCAGCUGGAGGACGAGCUGGCCGCCAUGCAGAAGAAGCUGAAGGGGACGGAGGACGAGCUGGACAAAUACUCCGAGGCCCUGAAAGACGCCCAGGAGAAGCUGGAGCUGGCGGAGAAGAAGGCGGCGGACGCCGAGGCAGAAGUGGCAUCUCUGAACCGCCGCAUCCAGCUGGUAGAGGAGGAGUUAGACCGGGCCCAGGAGCGCCUUGCCACGGCUCUGCAGAAGCUGGAGGAGGCAGAGAAGGCUGCGGAUGAAAGCGAAAGAGGCAUGAAAGUCAUCGAAAACAGAGCUCUGAAGGAUGAGGAGAAAAUGGAGCUGCAGGAGAUCCAGCUGAAGGAAGCCAAGCACAUUGCGGAGGAGGCGGACAGGAAGUACGAGGAGGUUGCCCGGAAAUUGGUGAUCAUCGAAGGAGACCUGGAGCGCACCGAGGAGAGAGCUGAGCUUGCAGAGUCUCGUGUCCGGGAGCUGCAGGAGCAGAUCAGAGUGAUGGACCAGAACUUGAAGUGUCUGUCUGUUGCCGAAGAAAAGUACUCUCAAAAAGAGGAUAAAUACGAAGAAGAGAUCAAGAUCCUGACUGAUAAACUCAAAGAGGCGGAGACCCGUGCUGAAUUCGCCGAGCGGUCUGUGGCCAAGCUGGAGAAGACCAUCGAUGAUUUGGAAGAUGAGCUCUAUGCCCAGAAACUGAAGUACAAAGCAAUUAGUGAGGAACUGGACCACGCCCUGAAUGACAUGACUUCCAUUGCCCGGAGAGCCCUUCAGGAGUCGAGUUUUGGUGAAAUGGGACACCUCCCGUGGUUUCCUCAACCUCAGCUUCAUCUGUGUAAUAGCCUAGACUUGAUCUUCAGAGGCACGUGCUAUGGAGACAGCCUGUCUAUCCAGUGUCCCGGCGCGUGGACUUCUUCAGUGGCCAGGGUGGGCUCACCUAUGGAGUGAAGCCUACCUAGAGUGCUAGUUGCUGAUCUGAGCUCUCCUGGCUUAAGGAACAUAUAAACUGAAAUCCACCAAAGAGGAGCAUCUCUGCACGCAAAGAAUGCUGGACCAGACCCUGCUAGACCUGAAUGAAAUGUAAUGGAUCCCUGCCACUGCCUCCGCCACACGAUGCCAUGGGGGGCCAGCCCAGCCGCUGCUGACCUCUAACCCUUGGGGACCAGGGUUUACUUUCUGUUGCCAACUUGACCAAACACAAAUCUGCUAUUUUGCCUCAGGGUUAAAGGUCAUCAGGUUGGGCAGAGCUUCAAACAGCAUUAUUAAGGGAAAUAAACAAUGCAAUAAUGUUUGGGGGAGCAUGUUUGAGAUGUAUACAUUUUGUAACUACCUUUUUUUGUAGCAACCAUUGUAAACAUUCCAAAUAACCGAGGCUGGUGAGCAACACUUCAAAAGCUCUUGGCUUUAAACUUUGAUAUUAACCUUCUGUUAAUUAGCUCUGGGCCCCUCUGCUUCAGCAGGGGAGGAAGAUGGGUGUGAUGGUUCCUGGCUAGGAAUGGAGGCCUGUUGGGAAAGCUUCCACUCCAGGAGCUGUUUGCCAAAAGAGCAGUUCAGUUUUCAGCUUUAAGGUAACUCUGUCGUGGAGAAGCAACUUGAGCAAAAGCAGACUUUUUUUCUUUUUAAAGCCAAGCCUAUUAUCUGAACAAUUGAACCUUCCCAGGGGUUGUUUCCCUUCCCUCCCCCCAGUGUUGGCCACUUCCUUUCCCGGUAGGCUUAGAGAAGCCCCGGCCCCUCUAACACAUUGCUACACAGGGGUUGAAUUUGCCUUCACUAAGUGCUGGUGCACCAAGCUUUAUCACUCAUCGCUGGGUUCAACUUAACAGCUUACGUACAAAAGUCUUGUUUUCUUUGAAAAGUUCUGCCUACCCUGGGGGAGGGAAGCCGAGGCCUUCCCUCUCCUGGCCAGGAGUGCUCUUAAUGUCUUAAUAAGGUACAAGCCAUCUUGCUGUGCAUUGUAGUUUUUGUGAGGCGUGAGUGUGGAGAUGUCGUGUGUAGCUUGUGGUUCGAGCAUGCUGCUUGGUCGUAGCAGUUCUAGGGGCCAAUCUGGAGAAAAGAACCAUAUCAAGUGUUUUGAUACUAAAUUGAGAACUUGUAUUACUGUCUUUUGAAAUAAAAACCGAUCCCUCCA